GUUGUUUGUUUUGAAAAUGGCGUCCGCCGAUUCUCAAUCGGCUUCGUCUUCAAAUGAAACGCCUGAAGAUUUUGAUGGCAAGGCAAAAGAUGAAGCAUUCGACGAGUUUUAUACAGAAGUGAAGGCAAUUGAAAAGCAUGACUCUGUGCUGACCUCAAAGCUACAAAUAGAUAGACUGAACCGACCAGGAUCCACAUAUUUCAACCUCAAUCCUUAUGAUGUGCUUCAGUGUGAUCCGGAUACUCCCCUUGCUGAUAUUAAAAAGAAAUUUAGACAGAUGUCCAUUCUAGUCCAUCCAGACAAAAAUCCGGAUGAUAUAGAGAGAGCGCAGACAGCCUUUGAUGCUGUGAGUAAGGCAUCGAAGACUCUACAAAACGAAGAAGGUUUAAAAAGAUGUAGGGAGAUUAUCGACGAAGCAAAAGUCAGGGUUGAUGAAAUAAUAGUGACACAGCGCAAGAAAUUAAAAAAGGAAGGGAAGUCACAGAUUGUACCUGAAGAUGAUCCAGAACAGUAUAAACAUGCAGUUUAUGUACAGACAUGCAAACUGUUUGCCGACCUGGAGCGACUCAGGAUUGAAAAAGAGACCAAGGAUAUGCAUGAAAGGAAGCGAAAAGCUGAGGAGGAAGAGGACGAGAAAGAAAGAGUUGCCACAGAAAAGGAGUGGAAUAAAAACUUUGAGGAAAGCAGAACUGGCCGUGUAGACAGCUGGCGACAAUUUGCAAAGCAGAAAAAGUCAAGUAAAAAGAUGAAGGGUACAUUUAGACCGCCAAAGCCAAAACUGGAAAAAAGAUAGAACAGCGAUUUGCUUGUGUUAUGGGAUAAAUGCUAGCUGUGUCUUAUCGAUAUGAUUCAGUAAUUAAUACAUACAUAUUGUCCUGAAAUGGGGCAUUACCUCUUAUUCAUUUACAUGAGUGAGAAAAUGACAAGAAUGAUAUUUUUUUCACAUAAUGUGGUUGAAAUGUUGAAAAUCACCAAUGAUGUAUUAAUAAUAUAAACUUGACUUUGCUAUUUUUACAAAACAUUUUUUUGUUGGAAGGACAGGAAGUAUUUGCUUUAUCAUGAUGUUCAUAAUGUGCUAUUUUCGCUAGUACAAAUAUUUGUAUCAUAUUAAAAAAUGUGCUUUUACUUUGAUUUUGUGUAGAUAAUUUAUGGUAUAUUGUAGUUGUAUAUUUCUCAUGUGUUUAUCGAUGUCAAAACAUUUCAUGUUAAAGCAUUAGUAAGGGUCUUUGCAAUCUGUCUUACAUUAAAUAUUAUUUUAUCGACAUUGCUGAAAUUGCAAUUUGUCAAUCAAAAAAUUGGCUGACAAACUUUUUAGAUAUGUUUUGAAACUAAAUGAUAUGUGCUAGAAGAAAUUUGCCAAACGAUUUGGACUAUAUUGUUUUAACCAGCCUAAUACUCUGGCAACGGAUUAAUUUAUUAUUGAAAAAACAAUGUAGAUCAUAAUGAAAAUACGCCAUGUUUGGUUUGAUAUAAGUUUGAAUUGUAUACCUGAUUUAGUCCAUUUUAAUGUUCAUUUGUGAAUAGUCUCAUGAUCUCUCAAUCAUUAAUCAGUAUAUUUUCAUAUUAUCAUUAAUAUCUGUCCAUGAACAUUUUGCUAAUUAAAGUCAGUUUGUCUGAUCUGAUGUUAUGUAAAAACUUGUUACUGUGGUUUGGUUGAUUUACGCAAGGUUGUUUUUUCGCAGAUAUUUGUUUUUAGAUUCUUUAAAUUGGCAUUGCCUUUAUCUAAUCAUUGACUUACUUCGUUAAAUCAUUAUAUUCUGCUAAGUUUUUCCUUGGGACUUGAGCAAUUUGCAAAAUAUUUAAAUAGUAAACCCUCUGGAAAUUAAACAAUCGUAAUAUCCAAAUACAGUCAAGAUUAGCUAAGUCGAAGUCGUUGGGAUCUCGGGAAAUACUUCGAGAUAACAAACAUUUGAUAUAACUGAAAUACAAAAAGUGUAUAACUAAACCCAACAUAUUCAAAAAAAGGUUUGACAUAACCAGAACAUUGAGAUAUCAGAGUUCCGCAAAGCGAGUUGUGACUGUAUCAAACUAUCACGAAAAUUAAACAAUCUACAGUACUUUGUUUUUUCUGUGUCCUACGGCAAUGUAUCCUUGUGUUUCCUCUUGAGUAAUGGAAUAUAUAUAUGUAAUAAUGCACUGCCAUUCAUUUGUGUGAGUGUUCAUUUUGAAAUUUCAAUGAUUUAUCAUUGAAUAAUUAUGUCUCCCCCUCUCUGGGGGAGACAUAUUGUUUUUGCCCUGUCCGUCAGUCCGGUAGUCCGGUAGUCCGUCAGUCCGUCCGUACGUCACACUUCGUUUCCGAUCGAUAACUGGAAAACCGCAUGACCUAGGAUCACCAAACUUGGUAGGGAGGUUGGUCAUGAGGUGUAGAAGAUCCCUAUUGUUUUUGGGGUCACUAGGUCAAAGGUCAAGGUCGCGGCGACCCCCAAUGUAAAAAACAUUUCCGCUCAAUAUCUUGACAAUGGUUUGACCUAGGUUCACCAAACUUGGUAGGGAGGUUGGUCAUGAGGUGUAGAAGAUCCCUAUUGUUUUUGGGGUCACUAGGUCAAAGGUCAAGGUCGCGGCGACCCCCAAUGUAAAAAACAUUUCCGCUCAAUAUCUUGAGAAUGGUUUGACCUAGGUUCACCAAACUUGGUAGGGAGGUUGGUCGUGAGGUGUAGAGGAUCCCUAUUGUUUUUGGGGUCACUAGGUCAAAGGUCAAGGUCGCGGCGACCCCCAAUGUAAAAAACAUUUCCGCUCAAUAUCUUGAGAAUGAUUUGACCUAGGUUCACCAAACUUGGUAGGGAGGUUGGUCGUGAGGUGUAGAGGAUCACUAUUGUUUUUGGGGUCACUAGGUCAAAGGUCAAGGUCGCGGCGACCCCCAAUGUAAAAAACAUUUCCGCUCAAUAUCUUGAGAAUGGUUUGACCUAGGUUCACCAAACUUGGUAGGGAGGUUGGUCGUGAGGUGUAGAGGAUCCCUAUUGUUUUUGGGGUCACUAGGUCAAAGGUCAAGGUCGCGGCGACCCCCAAUAUAAAAAACAUUUCUGCUCAAAAUCUUGAGAACGGUUUGACCUAGGUUCACCAAACUUGGUAGGGAGGUUGGUCAUGAGGUGUAGAAGAUCCCUAUUGUUUUUGGGGUCACUAGGUCAAAGGUCAAGGUCGCGGCGACCCCCAAUGUAAAAAACAUUUCCGCUCAAUAUCUUGAGAAUGGUUUGACCUAGGUUCACCAAACUUGGUAGGGAGGUUGAUCAUGAGGUUUAGAAAACUCCUAUAUUUUGGGGGGUCACAAGGUCAAAGGUCAACGUUGCUGUGACCUCUAAUGUAAAAAAAUAUUUCCGUGCAAUAUCAGGAGAAUGCUUUGAUCUAGGUUCACCAAACUUUGAAGUGAGGUUGGUCAUGAUGUCUAGUUGAUUUUGCAAUCAGUUGGUCAAAGGUCAAGGUCACUGACCUUGAGGUGAAGAACCGGUUUCUGCUCAAUAACUCAAGAACGUUUACACCCAGGAACUUCAUACUUGGUAUGCCAGUUAGUCAUGACUAGUUGAUGGCCCCUAUUGAUUUUGGGAUCCAUCAUUGAUUAUUUCUCACCUACGACCACACAAUGGGGGAGACAUGCGCUUUUUCAAAAAAGCAAUCUCUAGUUAUUAACAUUCAACCAUGUUUAAUUUUAGCUUGUCUGAUUUUUAAAGAAUAAAAGUUAAGGUAAUGUGAAUUCCUUGGUGUAGGUGUCGUCGUUGGCAUUGUGCGUAAACAUUAACCCCGUCCGUAACUGGCCAUAACUCAAAAACUGUUCAAGACAUUCAUAUGAAACGUGGUUCACAUGUUGCCAGAGAUUAUACACAUGAAAGGCCAACAACUCUAGCUUGAAUAAUUUUUGAAUUGUGUCCCUUGUUUAAGUGAAAAACAUCACCAGGAGAGUGUUGGUAUUUGCUCUGCGGCAUUAAUUUUUUUCUGUAAAUUGAACUUCAGGGCCAGUGUAUUUUUAUGCGCUGAAUUGAAAAGGGAACAUAUUAUAUGAAUAUUUACAUCAGGGGCAUAAUUGUGGAAUUUUUAAUUGUACACAGGAAUACAUGUAUUAUUAUAAUAACAUUUAAUGUCAUAGAUCUAUGAUUUGCCAUGUUUAGAUGUUGUUAAGAAAUAAUUAAUAUGAGAUGAGUGUCAGUUUACAAGAAAUGUUUUAAUUGAAUCGAAUUUGAAUGACAGCAAACAGUUUUAAGAGUUGGAAAUAUCGUUCUGUGUUUUUAGGGGGUGGGGGGGGGGGGUAUGUUGUUAUCAAAUUUUAUUGUCUAUGAGUUCGAAUUCAAUGAUGAUAACAAGUUAUAUUUAGUGAAUCGGGCUUGAUUGCAUAUAAGGGUGUUUGGGCUGUCUUAGUCUUGUUACUGAAUCUUGCAAUCAAAAUAGAUUGCCAAUUAUAGCCCAUAUUGUGUAAUAACCACCUAUAUAUGGUGAUGAACAUGAUUUUUCUGCAGCAUACUGCUUGACAUUAUGACAAUGUUGUUGUAUCUCAUUAUUAUCAUGAAUAUUUUUGUAGGAUUACUUCAGAGUUGUUAAUGCUUAUUAUGUCUCAGGUUUAAGAGAAAUAAAUGAGUCAUAAAUCAG